AAACAGACACUAUCGUUAUUUCAAUCCUUGUUUUGGUGGGUCGGUUGAACACACGCGGUGUCUUCUUGAUUCGCAACGACGAUCUCGAAAUUAUGAUUUCAUCCUUCGCUUUUUGUAUGUUCGCUACCGAUUCCUUCAGCCUCCCAUGCUUACAAAAAUCUCGCCCCACUUCAUUGCUCUCUUCCUCUUCUCUUUCGACUACAGUGAAGUUGAUCCUAGUUAACACAAAACAAUGGUGAAAGCUGUAGCUGUUCUUGAGAGCAAUCGGGGAGUCAGUGGAACUGUCUUCUUUAGCCAAAAUGACAAUGGUCCAACUACGGUUACAGGAAAUAUUUCUGGCCUUAAGGCAGGGCUUCAUGGCUUCCAUGUUCAUGCCUUUGGGGACACAACAAAUGGUUGCUUAUCAACUGGGCCACAUUUCAAUCCUGAAGGCAAAGACCAUGGUGCCCCACAUGAUGAGAAUCGUCAUGUUGGUGAUCUUGGAAAUUUGGUUGCCGGGGAUGAUGGUCUGUUUAGUGCUAUUCCGCAAUGCUUUUCAUUUUCUCCCUUAAGUAAAACUUUAGGUACUGCUACUUUUUCUAUUGUUGACAAGCAGAUUUCUCUCGUCGGACCAAAUUCUGUUCUUGGAAGGUCUAUUGUUGUCCAUGCAGAUCCUGAUGAUCUUGGCAGGGGUCAAACCGAACUUAGCCUGACCACCGGCAAUGCGGGUGAGAGAAUAGGUUGUGGCGUUAUUGGGCUGCAAGAGUGAAGUACACUUUAACUUCCAUGGUUUGUGAUGACUGAUGAAGUACAGUUUAUGCAAAGCUAUAUUUUGUUUUGGAACAUCUAUGUUGUGGUUAAAAUAAGAUGGCUUCAAGUCGUGUAUCAGAAGUAGUCAAAGCAAAAUGACAGUAGUAUUGGCAUAACUUUUGUAUAUAGAAGUCUUCGUCCUAGUUGUAUUUUUAGAAAGUCGUAGUUGUAUUUUUAGGGGGGAAAAAAGUAUUUUAUCAGAUGUAAAUGAAAUUAGAAUUAAGCGCUGUUCUCUCUCAAGGUAUUAGAAAAAAAAUUAAUAGUUUCAAUAUUUUAUCAACCUCUUCAAGACAAUAUAUAUAUUUGCCCAAUCAUUUGACAUGGCAA